UUCUUUCGCGAUAAAUGUAAGUUUUGGACCCGCAUCCUCAAUUAUACUCCUCCCCGACCCAUUUUUCUUUGCCGGGAUGCCCAUUUGCCACCCUAAUUGCAAUGCAUAAGCGACCUAGCAAAGCACGCCGGUUGUUCGUAUUGUGAUUUUUCUCCGCUACGGCAGUUACACGCACUGCACCAGGCAUCUCCGUAGAAUCCAGCUGCUGCUCCCCUCCGUGCGGCCCCAAUCGCGACACAAUUGGCCGCAAUUAACUAUCUAGUUUUGAAAUGCAGUAGAUGGUAUAUAUUUGAUCUGCUCAGUUGAAUUUCGAGAAUUUGGCUACUGACAUGAGCAAGGGUAUUCAUUCUCUGAAAUGGGUUCUCUUGGAUUUAAUUGAGAGGUGCAAUGAUUUGAGAUCCUUCAAGCAAAUCCAUACACAGCUCUUGACUUCUACCCUCGUUACCAAUGACUUGGUUGUUCCCAAAGUUGCAAACUUUUUUGGGAAACAUGUCACUGAUAUUCAUUACCCUUGCAAUUUCUUGAAGCAAUUUGAUUGGAGCUUGAGCUCUUUUCCUUGCAAUUUGAUGAUUUUCGGCUAUGGUGCUGGUCGCUUACCUUGGGCUGCAAUCCUAGUUUAUAGAUGGUCUGUCCGUAAUGGGUUUGUGCCUGAUGUGUAUACUGUCCCAGCAGUUUUGAAAUCAUGUGCUAAGUUUUCUGGUAUUGUAGAGGUUAAACAGUUUCAUACGUUGGCUGUUAAAUCUGGUUUGUGGUGUGAUAUUUUUGUGCAAAACUCUCUUGUUCAUGUUUAUAGUAUUUGUGGGGAUACUCUAGAUGCUGGUAAGGUGUUUGAUGUUAUGCUUGUGAGAGAUGUAGUCUCUUGGACUGGUUUGAUAUCUGGGUAUGUGAAGGCAGGGUUGUUCAAUGAUGCUGUUGAAUUGUUUUUGAGAAUGGAUGUGGUGCCUAAUGUAGCAACGUUUGUUAGUAUUUUUGGGGCAUGUGGGAAGUUGGGUUGUUUGAAAUUGGGGAAGAGGGUUCAUGGGUUGGUUUGUAAAUACCCGCAUGGAAAGGAGUUGGUGGUGAGCAAUACAGUGAUAGAUAUGUAUAUGAAGUGUGAGUCUGUCUCUGAUGCAAAACAAUUGUUUGAUGAGAUUCAUGAAAAGGACAUUGUUUCUUGGACGAGUAUGAUAAGUGGAUUAGUGCAAUGCCAGUGUCCACAGGAAUCACUCGAUCUGUUCGGUGAAAUGUUGGAUUCAGGUUUUGAGCCUGAUGGGGUUAUACUAACGAGUGUGCUUUCUGCUUGUGCUAGUCUUGGGCUUCUUGAUUAUGGAAGAUGGGUUCAUGAAUACAUUGAUCGUAGACGUAUCAAAUGGGAUGUUUAUAUAGGAACGUCAUUGGUUGACAUGUAUGCAAAAUGUGGUUGUAUAGAGAUGGCUCAACAUGUCUUCAAUUUGUUGCCUUCUAAGAAUAUCCGUACUUGGAAUGCUUAUAUUGGUGGUCUAGCAAUAAAUGGACAUGGGAAAGAAGCACUAGAACAAUUUGGGUAUUUGGUUGAAUCUGGUACGAGGCCUAAUGGGGUUACAUUUCUAGCUGUUUUCACGGCUUGCUGCCAUUCUGGCUUGGUCGAUGAAGGUCGUAGCUAUUUCAAUCAGAUGACAAGUCCCCCCUACAAUCUUUCUCCCUUGUUAGAACACUAUGGAUGUAUGGUUGAUUUGCUCUGCAGGGCUGAAUUGGUAGGGGAAGCUAUGGAGUUGAUAAAGAAAAUGCCCAUGCCACCUGAUGUGCAGAUACUAGGAGCUCUUUUGAGCGCCUCCAAUACAUAUGGAAAUGUCAGAUUAACCCCAACAAUGUUGAAAUCACUUCCAAAUUUUAAAUGCCAAGAGAGUGGUGUAUACGUGCUUCUGUCUAAUCUAUAUGCAACUGAUAAGAAAUGGGGGGAAGUAAGGAAUGUUAGGAGAUUGAUGAAGGAGAAAGGAAUAUCCAAGGCUCCAGGUUCUAGCAUUAUAAGGGUGGAUGGUAAGAGUCAUAAAUUUUUAGUUGGAGAUAACAGCCAUCCUCAAAAUGAAGAUAUUCACAUUCUAUUAAACAUCCUUGCCAAUCAAACCUAUCUUGAGGGUCAUAUUGAUACUCUCUCUUGAUCAAACAGUCACAUCGAGAUGAGAGUAGCUAUUGUUCCUCAUAAAAAAAGAUGUUUGGUUUAAAUUGCAGCUAUGGAAUGCGUCAACUAAUCAACAGUGCGGUCAUUGUACCAAAGGUUCAUAUGAACUCCAAAUAGUGUUGGUCUUAUUGGUAUACAACUUUGGAGAGCAAUUUAUGUAUAGAAUCAAAUGUCUCAGGAGAUGUUCCCAAAAUUAUUUUAGGAUAUCUUGCUGGGGCUUGGGCAUGCUAAAUAUUUUCCAACAACAUUUUAUUCUGUUAAAUCCAUCACACAUUUGACCUGAAAUGUGGGGGGCAAGGAUACACAUGCGUUAUAGAGUGCUACUAUGAAGAAAGAAAUUCUACAUUUGGAUCAUUGUAUUUCCGAAAUGGUUUCCAGAUAUUUGAUGAAGAGGCCUAUCACCUAUGCAAUGCAGCUCUUCCACCUACAGACUCAUAACCAUGCAAUGCAUUGACCAUCUCUUCCACCAACAGACUCAUAACCGCAAAGAACCAUGAACCAUGCCUCUAUGCCUCUGUUCUGAUCAACAUUGACCACAUAUGAGAUGGUUUCCUUCUGAGCACAGGGUGAUCGCUUGAGGGUAAUGUUGCGUGCGGUGAUAUCUUUGUCUUGAAGGUUUACUAGUACUACUAUUGCUCGAGAUAUUUCUGUUUUAUGAACUUCACUAAUUUCAAUUUAUAAAUUCUGCAACUUUUGUUUUUCU